AUGCGUUCACUGGGAGCCUUGACGGCGUCGCUGCUCGCGGUCCAAUACGCCGCUGCCAACGCCGUCGCGGCGAACGAGGUACAGAAACCCGUGGGUGUAUCACCGUCGUCAUACCCAACGUCACAAGACGGACCCGGCUCUUCAUCGCCCAAGAGCAGCGAUGAUGGGCCUGGACCAUCAUCAUGGUACGCCAGACUGAACUACUCGUCCCCGGCGCCGCACCUGUUUGCUUCGGCGUACGGUCUUCUUCAGCAGUGGAGCAACACUGUGUUCCCCAACGGGCACACGAUGGCGGCGGUGGAGGUUCCUGCGUUUACGCUGUUUUAUCACGGGAGGAUGGAUGAGGAGGAUGUGCCGAGUCCGGAGUGGCUUGCUUUUGAUAUAGAAAUGGCCUACGGCAUCAUGGGCAGCACACGCCAGAGCUUCAUGCUCACGUACCAAACCACGCGGCCCGUGAAAGCGCUCUACUUUGACGGCGAGUCCGCGGCGCUGAUGGGUCUGGGCCAGCUGGAUACGCAGAUGCUGCAUCUCUACGGCAACGUAUCCGGCCCGGGGAGUAAUGGAGGAAGUCCAUGGCACGGGUUGGAGCCCGAAUACGAGAGGGCCAUGGGGCUCUGCGACUGGUUGCUGGAGAAGGGACUGCGUGGACCGGGUUGGGGGUUCGAGGGGGUUGUGAGGAUGAAUACGGGGUUCGAGAUGAUUUGGUGUGAUUUUGGGGGCGGUGGGAGUUUGAGGUUGGUUGGGAGGGGUAAUGUUACUGCGCCGCAGUUGAGACAGGAGGAGCAGGAUAACGGAGAGAAGAGGGCGGAGGAGGAGGAGGUUGAGGGGAACGUGAAUAAGGCUGGUGGGAGAGUCCAUGACGAGGAAGGGGUGCCGACGUCGGUGUACCCGCUCCCGCCGCAACCUACACUAACAGACCGCCCCGUGAGCCCUUCCCGUCCGCCGAUGCCGCCCAACUGGCGCGGGAUCAUGGGCCCCGCCGAGCGGGAGCCGUUCCUGCAGACCCAGGGGUGGGGGUGGUUCGCCUCCGCGACCUGGCACUACGGGUCCAACGGUCUCGGGCAGGGUAAAGGGGAGACGAGGGCGAGGGUGCUCGGGUGCGGGGUCACGAGCUGGUACGCGGAUCGGUUCUGGGGGUCCGUUGUGGAGGAGGAGCGGGCGAGAUUGAAUCUUACUGCGGAAGGGUAUUGGAGUGAUGGAGGAGAAGGCGGUGCUAUUAGCAACCGGAGUGAGGCGUUGGAGAAGCUUGGGAGGCGGAGGAGGAUGCAUCAUUUGGAGAAUGUGACGGCGGAGGCGGCGGCAGGGAUGAGGUGGGAGACGGAGGUGAUGUUGAGGGAUGCGCUUGUGGGCGAGGGGGGUUGUAGCGGGAUGGAGUGGGUGAGUACGAUGGGGGAGAUUGUGCAGCGGACGGCUGGGCAUUUGAUGGUCAUGGAAGAGAAAGCGAGGUUCGGCGGCGAUGAGGGCGAUGAAUGGGCCAAUGUGACGGCGGUGAGGGAGUGGCUGUACAAGUUGCGCGGGCAGAGCCAUAUGUUCCUCGUCUCGUUUCUGGAGUAUCCGCGCGAGAUUGAGAGGCAAACAUGGGAUGUCCGGGGCGCGCUAUUUGCGGAGACGUAUUCGCGGUGUCGGUAUCGGUAUACGAGGUUGAUGGUUGAUCUACCGCUGAGCGCGAGGGAGCGGGAUCUGAGGGACGCGGUGGAGGAGGUUAUGGGCGGGGUCUGCGGCGUGUUGCUCGAGGUUGGAUUCGGUGUCGAGAGGGCGUGGUAUGAUCUCGAGCUAGAGGAGACGUCGGAGCUGAAGGCUGCGAGCGGAGAGUGGGCGGACGGGGUGAGGCGGCUCCGGGCGUGGGUCGGUUGGGAAGGAGAGUUCAUCCGGUGCCGGGAGGUGUGCGGAUGGGAUGAGCGGUGCUAUAUCCCCAUGUGGCCGUUGUUGAGGUCCAUGUGGGGUGGCAGGAGACCGAGGCCGCCGCCGGAGGGUGGACCGGGGAACGGGACGGAGCCUGGGUAUGGUCGGCCGCCGCCGCCGCCGCCGCCGUAUCGGGGUCGGGGACCUGGGUAUGGUGGGAACCAUACCGGGCCGCCUGGGCGUGGGAUGCCGGGGCGGAGUCCGGUAUGGAUGGGCGACGAGACGGAUCUGUGGGAGCCGAAGUGCGUCAAGAUGGAGGAUAUUAUGCCCAGGACGAGGGGAGACUAG